GUUGCUCAAGUUUCCACUUCACUUCAUACACUGUUAGCAAUUCUGUGCAGGGGCCUUUAUCGAGUUCACCAGUUCAGCAAGGUGGAGAUGUUCAUCAUAUGCCAACCAGAGGAUAGUAACUCCUACCAUGAAGAACUCAUUGGUAUUGAAGAAGACCUCUUCUCGUCACUGGGAUUGCAUUUUAAAACUUUGGAUAUGGCUUCUGGGGAUUUAGGUGCUCCUGCUUAUCGUAAGUAUGAUGUGGAGGCUUGGAUGCCAGGUUUAGGACGGUAUGGUGAGAUAUCAAGUGCAUCAAAUUGUACAGACUAUCAAAGCCGCCGUCUGGGAAUACGUUAUCGUCCAUCGGAAUCAUUAUCUAUGAAUCCUAAGAGGGGCAUGAACCUUGCUCCAACACAGUUUGUGCACACAUUAAAUGCAACGGCCUGUGCUGUCCCACGGAUGAUUGUAUGUUUGCUUGAGAGUUACCAGCAAGAAGAUGGCAAUGUUAUCAUUCCAGAGCCAUUGAGGCCCUUCAUGGGUGGGCUUGAGCGUAUAACUCCCAAAUCCUGCGGAGCUUCAUUGUUGGAUGACAGGAUUUCCACAGAAGCCUAGCCUUUCUUGUGCACCUCCAUUUUGUCCACCCUUGGGUCGGGGUGACCUAUUAUUGAAGUUGGCACAAAGCUGGGGUGAACUAGCAAACGGAUGAAGAGACGUAUUUCCAUCAACAUCUGUCUCAUUUAUAAUAUUGCUGCCCCAAGAACUUUUGUGGGGUUAGAAGUUGGAAGGCUGUUAAGCAGCCAAAGAGAGGGGUCCUUGGGUCCUUUGGUUUUUCUUUUGCAAUUUAUCUUUUUCCCUUCUCCAAACAGUUGUAUUUAUGAUAUAUAAAUAUAUAAUCGCAUCUUCCUUUGGUGCCUUUGAAGGGCUUAGCGGAGAGUGGUGGAUACAAUCCAUUUACUAUUACAAAUUUUGUCAAUUAAAUAGAUGAAUUUCUUCA